CAGAUAUAUCUGGACAUGAUGGGGCUAGUGGACUGAGUUUAUUUAGUUAAAAUGCCGCCUAAAAAACGCCAAAAGACGAAUAAAUCAGAAACGACAAAGGCAAAGCCAGCCAAGAAAGAGACUACAACUUAUUGUAGAUGGUUGAUGAAAUCAGAGCCUGAGUCAAGAAUAGAAAAAGGUGUUGAUGUCAAGUUUGGAAUUGAAGAUUUAAAGAAAGAACCAAAUCAAACUGCCUGCUGGGAUGGAGUUAGGAAUUAUCAAGCUCGUAAUUUCAUGCGUGAYCAGAUGAAAGUUGGACAGUUAGCAUUUUUCUACCAUAGUAAUUGUAAAAAYCCUGGAAUUGCUGGAAUCAUUAAGAUUGUGAGGGAAGGCUAUGACGACCACACUCAGUUUGACAAGAAAGACCCACAUUAUGACCAAACUUCUUCCAAAGAUAAACCCAAGUGGCAAAUGGUGGAUGUGCAGUUUGUUCGUAUGAUGAAGAGAUUUAUUAGUCUUUCUGAACUAAAGAAAAUUCACCAGGAACAUAAAGGCUCUGGUAAAGAACUGAGAAAUUUAGCGCUAUUUACAAGCGCAAGACUGUCUGUACAGCCAGUCACUGAAGAGGAAUUUGAUUACAUUAUAAGCCUUGAAGAAAAGCCCGAAGAACAUUGAUUACAUGAUUGUAUAUAUCUCAGUUGCUAAUGGUGUAAUGCACAGAUGGUAGCAUUGCAAGAUUGCUUGUCAGGUUUGAUUAGKAAUAAAUUAAGAAAAUGAUUUUAUUAAUUUAAUUGAUUUAAAUAAUCAUAUUCUAGUCAGGUUAAACAUACAACAUGUAAACGGAGUGAGUAUUGCUUUCAAACAAUUAUUAAUAGUGUURAUAACUAUGGAAAUGAUGUGCUGAUAUUAAUUCUGUAUUUUAUGAUAGUAAUAUUGAUAUUUUCGAUAAAUUUAAAAGUAAACUUCAGUUGCAUAUAGUACUGUAAUGUAGCUAUAUUGGCAAAUUGUUGCUCGUAUUCUGUAUCUUAAAACAGAGGUCCUUUUGAAUAUGGCAUAAUUGACAAUAGCAAUGAUGUCAAUUUGCUGAAAGUUCAAACUCUACUAAUUCUAUAUUCUGAUUUCAUGAAKAAUGUAAUUACUAUGCUACAGAUAACAGAUUGUACAGAUAGAACUAAGGUUUAAAAAAUAAGACCUGUUAAGUAUGAGUGUUAUAAGUACUUUUUAUUAUAUUUAGAAAUUUAUGGUAAUAUUUUAAAAUGUAUAUUGG